CCCCCGGCCCGGCCCGGCCCGGCCCCGGGCCCGCUCGCCCGCCGCUCCGCAUGGAGCUGUCAGCCAUCGGCGAGCAGGUGUUCGCCGUAGAGAGCAUCCGGAAGAAGCGCGUGCGGAAGGGUAAAGUCGAAUAUCUGGUGAAGUGGAAAGGAUGGCCCCCAAAGUACAGCACGUGGGAACCGGAGGAGCACAUCCUGGACCCUCGCCUGGUCAUGGCCUAUGAGGAGAAGGAGGAGAGAGACCGAGCAUCGGGGUAUAGGAAGAGAGGUCCGAAACCCAAGCGGCUUCUGCUGCAGCGGCUGUACAGCAUGGACCUGCGGAGCUCCCACAAGGCCAAGGGCAAGGAGAAGCUCUGCUUCUCCCUGACGCGCCCACUCGGCAGCGGGAGCCCCGAGGGGGUGGUCAAGGCGGGGGCACCCGAGCUGGUGGACAAGGGCCCCUUGGUGCCCACCCUGCCCUUCCCGCUCCGCAAGCCCCGCAAGGCCCACAAGUACCUGCGGCUCUCACGCAAGAAGUUCCCGCCCCGCGGGCCCAACCUGGAGAGUCACAGCCAUCGACGGGAGCUCUUCCUGCAGGAGUCACCGGCCCCGGACGUCCUGCAGGCGGCCAGCGAGUGGGAGCCUGCUGAGCAGCCCCCUGAAGAGGAGGCAGAUGCAGAUCUGGCCGAGGGGCCCCCCUCCUGGACACCCACGCUCCCCUCCAGUGAAGUGACAGUGACCGAUAUCACCGCCAACUCCAUCACCGUCACCUUCCGCGAGGCCCAGGCAGCUGAGGGCUUCUUCCGAGACCGCAGCGGGAAGUUCUGAAUCACCAUUUUUACUCUUCUUCAACUGUUUUCUUUGGGGCUUGGGG